CCCCCCCUCCCCCUUCUUGCGGGGAGCGCGGGUCUCCUGGCUCUGCAUCAUAAUCGCAUCGUAACGCCAUGGCGUGAUGUCACUUCAGCUGCCCUUCCUUCUCGUUUCUGUUUUGUUUUGAAGUUUAAGCGUCAAGCUGGGGAACAGGAGGAGGAGGAGGCCGACCUGUGGGUUGGAUACUGCGCCUUCCACCUCGGGGACUACAAGAGAGCGCUGGAGGAGUAUGAGGCUCUUACCAAGCAACCAGGUUGCAACCCUGAUGUCUGGGUGAACCUAGCCUGCACUUACUUCUUCCUGGGGAUGUAUACACAGGCUGAACAGUCAGCCUUGAAAGCACCUAAAAGUCCACUUCAGAACCGUCUCCUCUUUCACCUGGCACAUAAGUUCAGUGAUGAAAAGAAACUGAUGAGCUUCCACCAGAAUCUGCAGGAUAUUACAGAAGAUCAGCUCAGCUUGGCAUCUAUCCACUACAUGCGGUCCCACUACCAAGAAGCUAUUGAUAUUUACAAACGCAUACUGCUUGAUAAUAGGGAGUACCUGGCUCUGAAUGUAUAUGUGGCUUUAUGCUAUUACAAGCUGGAUUACUAUGAUGUGUCUCAAGACGUAUUGGCUGUUUACCUUCAGCAAGUUCCUGACAGCACCAUUGCUCUUAACCUCAAGGCUUGUAACCACUUCCGACUUUACAACGGCAAGGCUGCUGAGGCAGAACUCAAGAGCCUAAUGGACAAUGCCUCCUCAUCUUUUGAGUUUGCGAAGGAGCUCAUUAAGCAUAAUUUGGUGGUGUUCCGAGGAGGAGAAGGGGCUCUGCAGGUUCUUCCUCCCCUGGUUGAUGUUAUUCCUGAAGCCAGACUGAAUCUAGUGAUUUACUAUCUCCGUCAGGAUGAUGUUCAAGAGGCUUAUAACCUGAUUAAGGAUCUGGAACCUGCAACUCCACAGGAAUAUAUUCUCAAGGGGGUAGUGAAUGCAGCCCUGGGACAAGAAGUAGGCUCAAGGGAUCAUCUGAAAAUUGCUCAGCAGUUCUUCCAGCUUGUGGGAGGAUCAGCCAGUGAAUGUGAUACUGUCCCAGGGAGACAGUGCAUGGCUUCCUGCUUCUUUCUGCUUAGGCAGUUUGAUGAUGUCCUGAUUUACCUCAACUCGGUCAAGAGCUACUUCUACAAUGAUGACACUUUUAACUUUAACUACGCCCAAGCCAAAGCUGCCACUGGCAAUUUCAGUGAGGGUGAGGAGGUGUUCCUGUUGAUCCAGAAUGAGAAGAUAAAGAAUGAUUAUGUUUACCUUAGCUGGCUAGCUCGCUGCUAUAUCAUGAACAAGAAACCUCGACUAGCAUGGGAACUCUACCUGAAGAUGGAAAAUUCAGGAGCAUCCUUCAGUCUCUUGCAGCUUAUUGCAAAUGAUUGCUACAAAAUGGGCCAGUUUUAUUAUUCAGCCCAGGCCUUUGAUGUCCUGGAGAGACAGGACCCUAACCCUGAAUACUGGGAAGGAAAGAGAGGUGCCUGUGUGGGCAUCUUCCAAAUGAUCUUAGCUGGCCGAGAACCCAAAGAAACCCUACGCAAAGUCCUGCAUCUCCUAAGGAGCACUGGUAACCCCCAGGUAGAGUACAUCAUCCGCAUCAUGAAGAAGUGGGCCAAGGACAACAGAGUCCCUGUCUAGACCAGCACUACCAAAUACUGAGUCAGUUAUCAUUUUUUUGUGUAUGGCUGGAAGGUGUGGAUCCUGACCUAUCAUUUACAAUGUUAAACACAAUGACCUAACUAUAGGAUUGAGUAAGAAGAGUACAGAAAUAAGAUUGCAAAAAAUUCCAUAAAUAAUUUAAUACUGAAGAUUGAUUCUUGGAAGGAAAAGGUUUGAAGUCUGUUUCCUUUCUACCACAAUCCCAAUGGUAGUUUUUCUGUAUCAAUGCCUGUUUCUAGUUCAGCGCCUGUCAGAUUUUGUUUUAUACUGCUGUUCCAGCUUUCACAGCUCGGACUAUUCCUUGGAUGUAACCCAGACUCCCUUGCAUCAGCUUCAACACAUGCAGUGUGGCAAUUAGUCCAGUGUUUUGUUUUUAAAAUAGGUCUUUGCUCUUCAGAGAAGAAUCGUUUGUAAAAUGACUGAGCAAAUGUGCUUCAGUAGAAGACUGGACAUGGCAAAAGAAAGAAGGAUUAUGGUAUCUUAGCAGUGAUCGGCUUCCCAUUGACAGCUGAUUUUUUGUUUGAACAAAACACAACGCAAUUUACUGUACCACAUGCAUUUCUGUAUAGAUUCUGGUAACUAAUAACUUAUUCAUCUUCCAUUUCUGUCUAAAAAACUUUGUUAUCCCUUGCCUGCUGUAGUCAGAAUAUUUCUGAAUGUGAGAAUCAAUCAGCCAGAAGUGCAGGACCCCAAUAUCGCUUCUUAUUUUAAGAACAGUCACAAAGUUUAGAGGACUUCAAGAGCAUGAGGUGGUGUUUAACAGAGCUGUUCAGUCUUGCUUUAACCCUGAUCCUCCAUGCACUUACAUAUUGGUAUCUUCACUACUCAUAUAAGUGAAGUUAUGUAUAUGUUAACACGAUCCUUUCAUCAGUCACUACCCUCAUCAUCACUAUAUCGUGAUUUUAGCUGACAGUUUGCUCUGCAAAUACUCUCCUGUUCCUGAAGGAGAACGCUUCACAGAAUAUAUAACUUAAUCCUGGAGGAGAGCAAGGGGUUGUGACAGAGAAGUGCAUUAUAGGGUAUAUAGUAAGCAACACCUGUACCAUAUUUGUAAAGGACAAUUAUUUUAUUUAUUAUGUAUUUUUGUACCUUGUGAAAAAAUACUUUAUUGUAAAUUGUACUCUCUGCUAAUACCUUGAUUAAAGUUUAUACUUGGAUUUAUAA